GAACGAUUUGUUCCUCCGCGGACACCAUCGCACGGACACAGACAUUGCUUCUGAUCAACUCCACAUUUUUAAGAUCUGCUUGUGAUUUAUAAAUCACACAUUAAGCGGGUCUAAUCAUCUCGUAAACAUGUGAAACGAUGUCUAUUUUGCGUCGAGCAAAAACGUGGGAAGUGUCUGAGUCUGAGGACAGCGAUGCUGAAAGAAAGGCUGACAACUGCGAUAGGGUCAGUCCAACUUCAGCACCAGGCAGCACGGAGUUAAAAGAAGAUCAGAGUUCCGAGGAGAAGUGCAAAAGUCUCCCUGUGUCGGCGACAAAGAGGGAGUCAGGUCAGACUUUGUGUCCUCCGCGUCCAGGUGGCUCUGGCACGCCAAGUCCUGCAAAGAAACGCCGCAGCAAAGAGGAGAUCGAGGCGGACAGACAGAAAGCAAAAGAGAAGAAGGAGGAGAGGGAGAGACAAAGAGCAGCCAGAGCCCAAGAGAAGGAGGAGAGGAGACAGGAGCAGCAGAGGAGGAGAGAAGCCGCCGAGAACCUCAAAAGACUCCGACCAGAGAACUGCCUAAAGUGUCUGACCGUCUGCAUAGAUCCAGCUCUCCUGCAACAGGAUGGCUCAGACAUCUUGCUGGACACACUGACCGCCUUUGAGUGGAGGUUUAGCAUCGAGAGUCAGCUGCUCGCUCACAGCGUCACCUGGACCAGAGAUUUACCUCGGCAGGGAGAAGAUGGAAAGCUCUCUGUGGAGGAAGAGCAGGUGGUUCUGGUCCUGGGUUUGGAUGAUUUCAUGGACGUUGUGAUCUCAGUGAAAAAAAUGUUGGACAGUGAAGGAGAGGAAGCAGAGACGGGAUCUUUUCUUAAUCCUCUUCUCGAGUGUCUCAACCGGGAUGCCAAGAAGGUGGUAAAUCUCCUGGUGAUGGACUCUGAGCCAGAUUACAGUGGUGAGACGGUACAAUCCAAACUGGGGAUGCAGAAUCUGGACGUUGAGGAGGUUCUUGUGUACCUACAGCUUUACAAAAAUAUCUCCCUGGUCUUCCUGGGUGGCUGGGACGACGUCACCGACCACAUCUGCGCUGUCACCAAGGCUUUGUCGAAACGCCCUUUCAAACUUCUGACCGAGCGAGCAGAGCUGCCAUUCUGCGUGGACGGUUCAUGGGCCAGUGGUGCUCGGGUGGAGAGAGACGGCUCCGGGCUGAGUGAGGUCUGGACCAGGCAGAUCCAACAGCUGAACAGAGUUAGCCCCGCUGUGGCCUCCACCGUGACUGCAUCCUACCCGUCCCCUCAGCUGCUGCUGCAGGCGUAUGGGAGCUUGGAGUCGGAGGAGGAGAAGAAGGCACUUCUGGCUGGACUCCUAGUGAAAAGCAAAGGCAAAGAGAGACGAAUAGGACCAGAGAUAUCAGCCCGAGUCUACCGCUGCUUCACAGCCCAGAACCCCCAACUUGUCCUGGACUAAUGUGUCCUCUGGGUGGAUGGAUAUUAGCCAGGAAGGAUGAAUCUGGUUUCUACUUGGCUUCUUAUAAGAUGUUUACAUGCUAAAAAUAUGCCCCUGAUACUGUAUCAUGUUCACUUUACUGUAAAGCUCAAUUAACACUAACCUGAGCUGCAACAGAGUCAAAGAAUAGAAUAUAUUUAAUAUAUAUUAUGUAUGUGUGUAUAUAUGUAUAAAUGUGGUGCUCUCUGUUAUGUGUUUUUGCAUGAAUUU